AAGCCGCUGCCGAAAUGGUGGCGACGACAGCGUUAGUUCAGAGGGAGGAAAACCGAGAUCGACCCAUCAAUGGCGAUGGAGAACAGAAGCAGGACCAAAGUUCAGAUGCUUUACGAUGCUUGUGACGAAGUGUUCUCUUCUCAUAAGGAGCGGCUUCCCACCUUCCGGCAGAUUCACUGGCUCAAAACUCUCAUGGACGCGAUGAAAGCCGCAGAUGUCGGGAUCGACGAGUUCGGCCCGGGAUCUCCGUCGUCGAGCCCCGAUUGGUCGAAGGAGCUAGUGAGUUCGCAGGAGGUGUCGAAAAUUACGUACAUACACGUGCAUGAGUGCGAUGAUUUCUCCAUCGGCGUGUUUUGCUUCCCGGCCGGCGCGACAUUCCCGUUGCACGACCACCCGGGGAUGACGGUUCUGAGCAAACUGCUCUACGGAUCAAUGUAUGUGAAGGCUUACGAUUGGGUUAAAGUAGAGGAAUCAAACGCAAGAACGAUCGGACUGGCGGGGAGGGUAAUGGACGGAGUGAUGCAGUCGCCGUGCGAGACGUCGGUUCUCUUCCCUAGAAGCGGCGGCAACAUCCAUAGCUUCGCCGCGUCGACGCCCUGUGCGAUGUUGGACGUGCUGUCCCCUCCUUACUCCGAAGAGCUCGGGAGGCCUUCCACGUACUUCCUCGAGUUCCCUAUCCCCUCUCUUCCUGGGUAUGUGGUGCUCCAGGAAAGAGACUUGCCGGAAGAUUUAGAGGUCGCCGGAGCGCCGUACCUUGGACCGCCCGUCGUCACGGUGGAGGACGAUCUUUGUUGACUGCUUCAGUACAUGCGUACACACACCGUCUCAAUGCAAAUCCAGUGUGCCUUUCCAUUUAGACAUGUAAAUGC